AUGAAUAUUAGAGGUAAAACUAUAUCGUAUGCUGCUUACAAAAAGAAAUUACAAAAUAUACAGGAAAAUGAGCUUAAUAAGUCUAUUGAGGCAUUGGAAAAAGAAGAGAUUAUUGAUGUAGCAGAAAUAGAUAGAAAGAAGAGGGAACUGGAGGAAAUUAGAGUUAAAAAAAUUAAGGGAAGUAUAGUGAGAUCAAGAGCUAAAUGGGAAGAGGAAGGAGAAAAGCCAACUAGUUACUUUUUUAAUCUAGAAAAUAGAAAUUUCACUUCUAAAAUUAUCCCUAAAGUACAGCUUAGUAAUGUUGCGGAGGGUUUCUUCAUGGACGGGUUUCAAGGAGGCCAAUUUGGACCAGGAGGUUUCCAUUCGGAUUCCUCGGGAUGUGUCAGUCUUCAUCACUACUGUCCUAUCUCCCCUAUUUUAUGUCCAAAUGGAUUCGCCAAGGACACUCAUGGAUGUCUACUAUGUCAUUGUGCUGAAUCGUCAACGGCUACAGAUCCUGCCCAACAGACAAUACACCAUUAUAUACACAAUCCGUGUAUACCAACCCAGGCACAUUGCACACUGCCAUGUGACGUAUACUUGAAAGGCGGAACCGGAUGCGAGUUCUGUAUGUGUGACCACGCCCAUCAAACGAAAAGUCCUACAACCAUCGAAGCCAAUUCAACGACUUCUCAAGUACCGACUACAACACUUUCAACAACACAGCCGCCAACUUCCGCCGAAAACACCACAACUGCGUCUCGCGACUGCGCAUUAGCUACCCACAUAUGUAAUGCCCAGUGCGAUGGGAAAUAUCUAGUGGAUCCCAACGACUGUACAUUCUGUGUGUGUAAGGGUGACCUUGGCUAAGGUGAGAUACAGGUGCACUGACCACAUGUCAAGGUCAUCGAUUAUCCUAUUUCUGUCUUACAUUAAGGCUGUCGCGUGCCAAGGUCAUUUGUCUUACAUGAAAGUCAUGUCAAAUCUCUCGCAGCGCUAACUUUGAGAACCUCGCAUUGCUAAUGUCAAAAUCAUAGAUAUAUUAUUAUUUUUUAUUAAAUAUUUUAACGUCAAUGUUUGGUUUAAAGUAUUAUCGGUUGUUUUCAAUGCUGCUCUCAAAUUUAUCCAAUAAUUGUGUUAUUAUUCUGGUACUGACAAGUUAUAUACUCAAUGUGAAUCAAUCAUAAUUCGUUUUAUUUUAGGUCAACGUCUUUCAGAGAUGUAGCGUAUAAUGAUAUCGCCAGAAUUCAGGUAUUAUUUGUGUAUUUUGUAAAUAUCAAUAAAUUCUUCAUCAUUU